AUGGCCGUCAGCCUGAAAAGCGUCAGAGACUUCUUACCCGACAUUGGAACCAAAGUCAAUGUAUACCUCAGAGAUAUCGCACAAAGUGGCUACACAUUGCCGAAGCCGCUCUCCAAUAAACUCGCAACAUUACUGAUUGCGGAUAGUAUCUGUCGCAAACUCAUUGCCACCGAUUAUGAUGCGGACCGAGAAAUGCGAAGCAAGUAUAUAUGGGACGAACCCCCGGGCAUGGAUGAUUUCAUCACAGAGCGUUUUCUCUCUAUGGCUGCCGUGGAGUUGGAGCCGUACUUCCCCAUGCCAGCCAAAGACGAUCCGCAGCGCCAAGACGCUCGAAAAGUAGCUGAAUAUUUGCGGAGGCGUAACGAAGAAGAAGAUCUAGCGUAUUUACUACGCGUUCACAGUUGGCUUCGCCCGGCUCUUUGUGUUGCGCCCAGAACCAGGUACCACGAGCCCUACACGGGCCAUCGCUUGGCUCUCCCGCCUGGUGUUUCCGCAGACGUCGCUCUCUUCUAUGUCGAGGUCCCCAGGCAGCGAGAUUGGCCUCGUGAUUUGAAGAAGCCCCCUAUGAAAGUUGACAUUCCAAACAUGCCUCCCCCAACUGACCUCCAAUCGUUCCUAGCGAACGCAUUUGAGGAUAAGGAUGAGGUCAUUCGGGCCGAAAUUCGCUACUCUUUCGACGUAGAGCUGUACGAAGAAGAAGGUCCAACCUUGUCUCUCAAGGGAGCUCUCUGCUCCAACCAUGUGGCAGACGAUUGGUUGAAGUCCCUGGUGAAAGCUUCCGACCAGCCAAAAACUGGCCGAACCGAUUAA